UGUAAAAAGUGUGGUGCUUCCAUCAGCGCUUCUCGAUUAGACUUACAGUAAUUAAUUUAAAAGUGCUCUCUUAAGAGUUUUCUGGAAUUCAGAUGUUGUGGCUCUGAUAAUUAUUUCAAGGUUAAAAAUGUGCUUCAUUGCAAUUUUUUUGUUUAUCGGGGAAAACCCCGGCCUUUUACUCUUAUUUUCGAUUUACUCAUGUAAGACCUGUUUCACAACAUGUUCCUUACUUUGGCACUUUUGCAAGACUCGCUAUUCGCAGCUCAAUAUGAAGAAAAAGUUUGCAUAUUGGCGACACGCACCCGACAAAAUCCACCCAGUCAGCACGAAUCAAGCAGCGCAAAGAGGGAAAGAGAUGUUUGUGAUGUUGAAACCAUGUAAAACUCAAGAAAAGGCAAAAAUCUGGCCCAGCAGCAAGAAUGCGUCCAGAAUGCCGGAUGAGCUCCAAUUUACUUCAGCACCGGUGAUGGUCAGCGGCCGUUACAUAAUAAAUCAAAAUGGGCCCCUUCCUCCACAGCCCAUUUUGAUCGAACACUGCUGUUUGAUGGUAAAGGGAAACGUAUGGGAUAUCUCUAUUAAAUGCCGGCCACAUUCCAAUCAACGCAAGAAAAAUGAAAACUGGAUAAAUAUCAAAGAAGUGUAUCCUGAUGCCAAAGUGGAGAGAAAACGUAACGACAUCCAGCUAACCUUGCCUUUGCUGAGAGAAAAUCUUGAAUUGGCAGCCUUUGGAGUUCCAGGAAAAGAUGACCAGAAGCGAAUGCAAAUGGCGAUCUUUGGAAAGGACCCAACAAAAGGCUGCGACUGGAAGAUUAGGAUUUAUCUGAUAGAUGACUCCGAAAUGGCGCUCAAGAUUUGUAAGAAAGGAGAAGAUUCAGGAAUCAAAUUGUUGACAACGCUGUCCAGCUUGUUUGUAUCCAACAGUAAACAAGAUAUUAGCAUGAAGUUUAUUCACUUGGAAGCGGGAUGGCAAAUCGUUGGGGACGAAGUGAAAACGAUAGCAUCAAGAGAUGCCUGGAAUUCUCCAGAAAAUGCGACAGAUUUUCCUUACUGUGAUUUUGUUGUGAGACACGCUGAUAUGACUAAGCAGCAGUUCUUCUGUAGAAUAAGAGCAACACACGAAAACGACACGGCUGAUAACGAGGUUGUGGCUUUUUUCCAAAAGGACAAUGAUAGCAAGAUCAACAAACCAACUGAAAAGAAACACAAGAAAACUUUUCAGAUGAACUGUUCGAAGGAAUCCAAUGCUGCUGGAUGACGUCCCGAAAUGGAUUGUCAGUGUUCAACUUCAGUACCAAGCCUUGCAGCUUUGUAUAAGCGUUAUGAUUUUCGCCGUCCACUAUAGACACGCUAAGGCUAAUCAGAAGUCUCUAAAAAUAAUUAAAAAAAGCCUCGAAUCGAAUGGCAACAGGGACGGAUAGCGUUAAAUUGAUCUUUACUUAGUUGGAAACAUAGCUAAAAAGACUAGAGUGUAACAAGUCAAAUUGAUAUGCAGGGGCCGAAUUUUUUUGCCACUUGGACCAAGGUAAAUGUCACUUUUCAAUCUUUCAACACUUUAAGCAGUCAAUUAAAAGGAAAAUAUGUCCGGCUGUUGGAGG